ACGCAUGUCAUUGAAAUAAAUGUAACGACAAUGUUUUAUUGCAAAAGACAUCACAAUGACUAUUUCAAAACAAUAAUCGAUCUGAAUUUUUCAAAAUUAGAAAAGAAAUUCAUUUUAGACUACAUUCCUUUUUACUGCGGAAAAACUUAAUAUCACCGAGCACCUUGCACAUAUUGGAAUAAUCCUAUUCAAUGAAUGUAUUGACAUUUCGCCUACUUCUCCCAAACAAGCUCGAAUGAAAAUGUUACGGGGAUGUUUAUCGUAUUGUAAGGAAUUGUGUUAAACGCUAGUAUAUCAAAAGAACACAGAAAAUGGGACAAAAGGCAACAAAACACAAAGAUGCUGACGGCGAACCUUCCCCCUCGCCUCGAAAGUCACCAAAGCGUUCAAAACAUAGGGGAAGGCGAUCCAGUAAAGAACACACUCCUUCUCAUUCAGAGAAGUCCAGUUCAGGGGAUCCUGGAGGAGGAAGGCCAUAUUCAGAUAUAGAAAAACCCAUAAGUCCCGUUAGCAAAAAGUCUUUACAAACAAUUCCUAAACAUGAAUCUCCUCGAAUUAGUAUGGAUUAUGAUCAAAAAGAAAAUAUUCCAGAUCAAACUUUAUCUAGAACUCCUCCAAAAAUGAACGGAAAUGAAAAAAUGGAGGUGUGUACUCCAGAAAAACUGAUAGAUUCUAGCAUAUUGAAUCAUUUUCCACAAGCUACAUCUACGCCAGCUCCUAAUGGAAUAAUAAGUUCAGGACAAUCCAAUGGACACGCUUUUGACUCAGAUCAAGAUCAAACAGAUCAAAGUGAUGAUGAGGCAUUUACUCCAUCAGAACAACAAUUUCCUGGUAACAGUCCCAGUCUAAGCACUGCUUCUCUUGCUUCAAGGUCAACAACAAAUAGCUGGCGUAGAGCUCAAUCGAGUUUAAUGCAAACCCUUACUGGAAUGUGUAUGCCUAGCUGGUUUACAGGCAGUAAACAGGAUUCUUUAGAUGAGAGAGGAUCUGCACUCAGUUUUGGGAAAUUUUACAACAGUAGUUAUUUACAGAAAGCAACUUACUUAAAGAAAGCCACAACUACACCAACAACAAAUGGCCAAAAAUCUCCACAUUUUCACAGACCAGCAAAUUUCUCCUAUAACAAAGGCACACCACAGUAUCUCAAAUCAACCAACAAAAGUGGAAUGGCUGCUUUGGCAUCUGGUGGUAAGGUGAUAGUGAAGAGAACAAGACGAGCAUCCUCACCUGCUGAUCUCAAGAAUAAUGAAGCAAUUCGUCUCAGCAUGUACCCAAGUGCCAAGAAACCACUCGCUAAUGAAUUAGAAAAAAUAGAACGAGAAGACUGGCCAGCACCUCCUGCUUUAGCCUCUAUAUUACCUGAAUUAAUGCGACAGCGGAGGAAGAGUAGAGGAGAGAGAGAUGAGGACAGUGAUGAUGAAGCUCCCCAAGAAGAUCCGAAAAUUCAAAGAGAAAUAGAAGAAUUAUCUAAAUUUAAAGACACUUCUGGUAUAGGCAAAAUUAUUUAUAAAGAGUUGGCUGAAAGGAAAGCUCAGCCAAUGAAAUUGUUAGAUCCAUGGAAAGCCUCACGAGUACCUGGUGCUGAUCAUGAACCUAAAUAUUGUACUAGAUAUCAGUCACCAAUGUUUGCAUCACCUUCACGGUUUGUAGAUAGACCAAAGAGAAGUUGGGACGACAGUGAUAUUAGAGGGUACAGAACUAUAACUACAUUGUCCAAUUAUCCAGUUGCUAAGCCAGGUUAUGGUAUGGAACCAAGAGCCCACACAUUACCCCUACAAGGAAUGUAUGGAGGUCAUAUAGAUUUUAGAUAUUUUGAUUUUGAAACACAUAGAUCUAGUAGAUAUACAUCAUCAUCAACCAUGAACACAGAGAGAGAGUCAUUCGGUUAUAGUUUUAGUGACAAACCCGGUGUGUCGUUACUUACAUUACAAAAAAGUAGUUGGCAUACGGAGGCUGAACCACAGAUUUAUCCAUAUGAAACAUUAAAAAUCACCAAUUUUGAUUUACCAAGGGAUGUAGAUUUAAAUCGUUUAGAGAUACAUUUAGAUGAAGAAGACUUUCAGAAUAUAUUAGAAGUACCAAGAAAUGAAUUUUAUAGACUGCCUUUAUGGAAACAAAAUGACAUGAAGAAAAAAGUGGACUUAUUUUAAAUUAUCAUCCCUAAGAACCAUGUGAUCAAAAUAUGACAUAUCAUUGGAUGAUGGGGUCAUGUGAUCAGUGAUAUUAGUAGAAAGAUAACUAGUGCUUUUGUACAGUACAGACAAUUGGAACCAAGCUUUACCAUUUUUCUUAUCCGAUUUAAAACGUAUAUUUUUGUCAUAAAUCAUGUUUUAUUUACUGUUUACAUCUGCCAGACAGAAUUUUUUAAAGUAUUGCUAGGUUGAAAUACAAGGAGAAACCUUGAAAAUAUUAGUUACUGUAUAAAUAAAAAUUAUUUAAAAAUGUACUGAAAAGCAAUUGGAUAUUUUUCAAAAACAAAUUACUAUCCACAAAUUAUCUUUUAUUGAGAAAGGAGGUUUAUAUUAUGUUCAGUUCUCUUGACACAAAUAGAGAAUAACUCCUUGAUUUAUUUAACUGUAGCCAGCCAAUUUCGAAGGAGAUAAAAUUACUCAAUAAACCUUGGUGAAGAAAUAGGUCAUUUGUUUUCAAAUGAAACUGUAUUAAGAUUUUGAAUGUUAAAAACCUUAGUAUAAAAUUUGAGAUAUUUUUACCACAGUUAAAUGAUUAGAUCUGCUGUUUUCAUACAAGUUAUUGUUUAAUGAUAAUAUAUUUAUUGUUAGUAUUUUUACCUUUUUGACCUUUUUUGUCGUAAUGAGUUGUGAGAAAAUACUAGGUUGUUUUUAAAAAAUGUAUACAGUACAGGGGUUACUAACUUCCAAUGGUUUCGAUUUUUCGAUGAAAUUUUUGACUUCAUUUGUUUGAAUUCAUAGAUGGUUAUAAUGAGAAUGAAAAGUUUGAAGACAAAGUCAUUCAGUAUAUGAAAGUUAAAAAGAUGAAAUUAGAAGUAAAACAUAAGAAGACUAAUAAAAAAUUUCCGUAACAAUUCAUUAUCAUAAGGAUCUGAUGAAAACAAAUGGAUUUGCACAUUGGAAGUAUUCGCAAAGGUGAUAAAAAACAGUCAAACCGAACUUGCAUGAAUGUUUGGUGUUAAUUAGAAAAUAUAGGUACACAAGUCAUUGUGCCAUGCAUGAAUAACUCUAAAUUUUGCUCAAUCUAGGAUGUUUUAUCGAAAACAAUUUUCUUCCAAUUUUUUCCGGUUCAACAGGAAAACAUCAAUUUAAUAAAUAAUUUAUGAUUAUUUUGUUGGGAUAGAUUUUUGUAAUGGAACAUCAUGAUUCAAAUAUCCAUUAUUUGAAGUAGAUGUUUGCCCCAAUAGUUAUAAAAAAAAAGGAAAUACAAUACAAUAUUGUGGAUUCACUAUUUUUUUUGGUACCAAUUUUUGUGGAUAUUUGAUUCUUAGUUCAUGGCUUUGCAAAAGUAUGCAAACCUAUAGACAAUUUAUACUUUGUCUACCAUUUAAAUUUGUAGUGUCCAAAUAACAAAAAAAAAGCAAUGAAAAUUGGUAUCCUACGAAUAAUAAUGAAACUACAGUAUAUAAAAUGACUUCAAAAGUAAAAUCUAUAGAAAUACAAAAUAGUGAAAAAGUUGUUCAUGCCUAGCAUUAUACAAGUGUAUCAAUUUUUUUUUUUAGUAGAUUGAAAUAUUAUUUUGUUAUUUGAAAUUAUUAUAUAAAUUUCUAAAUUUUGUAGUAGCCUUGUUAUUUUGUUGAAUAUAAUUUUUAUUUAAAAUUUUAGGGUAUUCUGCUUGGUUGUAUUUUUACCUCAGGUUUACAGAUUUUUUUUAAAGGGCUUGUGUUAUUUUUAUUUAUUGUAUCACCUCGUAGACUUGGUUGUGCACUUUUAGGUUUGUAUCAGUUUUAGUUUAUUAAUAGUUGACCGUAUAUAAACAGAUAUUUAUUAAUAGUUAUCAUGAAUCAAAGGGACAGUGGCAAAUAGUUUUCUGUAAAAAAAAAAUCAAAACUAGCUCUUUGUUAUAAAAUUUUGAUUUUUAUGCAAGUAUUAAAAUAAAUAUAGAUCUUAUGAAAUCACAUAUGGUUACGUUUCAAUUUUUAUCAAAUUUUAUCAAUAUUAAUAAUCAUGCCUUCUUUUGUAUUGUCUUGAGCAAGAUUUUGAAUUAAUAUUAACAGCUUUUCUUUAUUUUCUUUAGUACAUUAAAAUAAGAUUCAAACCAUUUCAAAGAUUUAAAAAUGUUUUUGUAUAACUUCACAAUAUUUUUCAUCAUUUUGGUAUAUCAAAAUGAUAUGAGAUUCUCAAAUAAUUUCUUGAUACUUUGACAAGUUUUCAAUAACACUUAUUACAAUGGAAAAGCAUUCGCUUUCAAUUUGCACCUCACAUCUGACAAAUGGAUAUGAUCAAAAAAUCUUUAAAUAAGACGAAAAAAUGUCUCCCUUGUCAAAUUUUGAAUACUCCAUAUGUUAGUCUCUUUUUUGUAUGGGUAUAGAAUAAACAUAAGUACAAAACUAUAGAGCUUUUAUUUAAUUUGUAAAUUCUAUUCAAAUUAGAACAUCUGAAAAAUCCCCAGAUAAACUUUCAGCGAAAUUUUCAUGGAGAUGAACAUUUUUGCAUAAUCAAAAUCAAAUGCUUUGUGCCUUGAUAAAAGUUAAUUUUUGGUUAAUCGGUUAUUGUAUAGAAAAGCUAUUGGUCUGUGAAAUAUUAUAUUUAUAUAAAUUAAUUACCAGUUUAUCAUGUCAUCAGAAUGUGCAAUUGUUAUUUUAUAUUAAAUGCAUGAUGUAUAUAUUUGCUGUCAAAAAAAGGUGUGCUUUGUGUAUGUGAGAGUGAAUAUCUUACUUCCUUGUUGGAUUGAGAGUGUCCAUAUGUUUGUCAAGUGUGAGUUAUCUUCUACAAGGUUUUGAGUAAUCAGAGCAUGCAUGUAAAGUAAUUUUGUGAUUAGAUUUUACAGAAUGAAAUUUUACUAGAUGUAAUUUUGCUUGUAUUAUAUUAGAUUUUUUAUGUGUGAGGACAAUAGUGUUGAUUUAAACACUUUCUUCUUUCUCUCAUGUCUUCCCCCUGUUUUAUCCUGUUAUGUCAUGUUUGAUUUAAGGCUUAUAAUGAAAGUAUGAUACUCUCACAUUGUUGAAUCAUAGUAGUCGAUUAUCUCCCUUUAGUAAAACAACAAAAUAAGGGGGAGAUAAUUUUUGAUUAGCCGAAGGCAUCAUAAAUCUGGAGCAAUAAAAAGCUGUACAUCUCCCAAUUAUACAUUGAAUAUAUGGAGAGAAAUAAAUGCAGAAAAGGGAACAUUGAGGAUUUAGAUUUUAUUUUUUGGUUAAUUUUUAAAAAUAUUACAGUGAUUUGAAAAGAAUCUGACAAUAGUCACAAAAAAUUCUGCUGCAAGUAUUUUUUUUAUAUAGUUGAUUAUGCUCUGCAUAACAAUGAAAUAAUGAGGGUUUAUAUUGUUUUGUUUUGUUUAAAAAGCAAACAGGGUGUAAAUUUACAGACAUGUAUAUGAAGGAUUUGUGGGCAUUUAACUGUGUAGUCUUAGUGCCCCAGUGAGUAUGUACUGACUGUAUGAAUCAAGCCGUUUACAUGUGUUGGUGAAUGUAUGCCUAAUCAAUAUUUCUUAGCUUAGAUUGCAAGUAUAAAAACAUGUGUUAAAAAUAUUUACACUAUUAUGCAUUCAGAACAUAGCAAUUGGAGUAUAUAAAGCAUGUUUUUUUGUUUUUUUUUCUUUCUUUUUCUUUUAUGAAAUUUAAAAAAUAUGCAGAUUGGAAUUUGAACCUCGGUUCAUUUUUACAUGUUGAAUAAUGAAUAUGCAGUUCAAAAUUCUCAACCCCGGUUAAUAUUCAUGAGGUUAAUCAUUAAUAUGCAGACUAGAAUCAUUUGCAUUAGAUAUCCUACUAAGGAUACCAGUAGAAAUAAAAGCCUAAUAUUAUGUUGUUGCUGUGCAAUGUUAUGUCAUGGCUAUACAAUGUUAUGUCGUUGCUGUACAAUGUUAUGUCAUGGCUAUACAAUGUAAUGUCAUGGCUUUAUAAAGUUGUGUCAUGGCUUAACAAUGUUAUGUUGUUGCUGUACAAUGUUAUGUCAUGUCUAUACAAUGUUAUGUCGUUGCUGUACAAUGUUAUGUCAUGGCUAUACAAUGUAAUGUCAUGGCUUUAUGAAGUUGUGUCAUGGCUGUACAAUGUUAUGUCAUGGCUAUACAAUGUAAUGUCAUGGCUUUAUAAAGUUGUGUCAUGGCUUAACAAUGUUAUGUCCUGGCUAUACAAUGUAAUGUCAUGGCUAUACAAUGUAAUGUCAUGGCUAUACAAUGUAAUGUCAUGGCUUUAUAAAGUUGUGUCAUGGCUUUACAAUGUUAUGUCCUGGCUGAACACUUACCAAUUUAAGCUAAACUAUAUGAACAGUGUAUUUUAUUACAGCAUACAAAUCAUGUGUAUCACAUAACACUCAGCAUAAUCAGUUUGGAUUUAUUUAUCUGAUAUUUAAUAAUUUAUCUUCAUCAGGUUUUAAUUGUCUCUGAUAUUUUAUAUUAUUACUAUAUAUUUUCACAUAACCAGACUUCUGUUUAUAAUAUUUAUUAACGUAUAGGUCUAGUCAGGUGAAAAUAAUACAACCCGCUUAUAGUUUUUUUUUGUACGUUUGAAUGUCUUUAUGGCUCUGUGCAAUGUUCUGUCUAUAUGACAGAUUUUAUACAUAGAUUUUAAUGGUGCUUUAUUUGUUUGUUGCUAGUUGGUUUGUAGAAAUUUUUACCACAAUUCAAAUUUUCAUGUUUGAUUCUUCACUUCAAAAGUUCUGUAAGAUUUGCCUAUUUGAAUUUGGUGAAAACUUCAAUAAAAUUUUACAUCUCAAAUUAAUAUUAAGUUUUAAAUUUUACAACUAGAAUUAAUCAUUUAUAGUUUAAGUAAGUUUAUUUUCUGUUUUUCAUUUAAUGACUGCAGCCUUUAAACAACACAUGUUGAAAUAAUUUUGGCAGUUGAAUACCUCUUAAAAUUUUAUGUUACAUUUUUUUGGUUACCUUUGGCAUAAAAAUUAUCAGCAGCAAGCCAUUUAAUAUAAGUUAUACAUCUUCAAAUUUCUUAUUUUUGACCAGCAGCAGAAUUUCUCAAGUGAAGAACCUACAUGAAAAUACAGUAUUUUUCACAAGCCAGUUUAUCUUGUGAUUUACACUUGACUCUUAGAAGAAUAUAUUUUUCACUUAAGAUUAUGUAUGCUUUUCACAGUGUUUUCGUAAAACAAGAUGAUGACAAUAACAUGUUUAAAGUCAUAAUUUAUUAUGAAUGAAAUGUCACAAAUCUUUCUUAUGAGUUAAUGUCCAGAAUUUUUAAGUUGUAGAUGAACAAAUUUAAUUACAUGUAGGUUCGUCUCAAUUUUAGUUAUUGUUGAUCUAAGUUGUGUUUGCCUUUAGAAUACAGAAGUAUAAUUAAUUGAAAGUGAAAGUAGAGAUAUGAGAGUAGAAUUACCUAUGAUUGAUUUUGUACAUUGGUUUGACUGGUGUAUAGAUGUUGACUUGAGAUAGAAUGCUUUGAAUGAUGUAAACUCAGUGUAGGUAAUCAUAUAACCUCACGUUAUAAAUAUGCUUAAAGUUGCUACAAAUAAGCAAAAUAGAAAAAAAAGACAGAAUGGGAAUAUAUAGGUAGGGUAGUUUGUUUCUUCUUUUGAAAUUUAACUGAAUUGAAAUUUCUUCCAACUAUUUGUGGUUAUUUCUCUAAAACCUGAUAGUUUUUAUUUAUCAUUUCUUUUUAUUCUAUGCAUUUGAAAAACCAAUUUUUCUUUUGGUUUUUUUUUUAAUCAAAAUUUCACUUUUUUUCUAGAAUACUGAUUACCUUAUCUUCCUAUUUUACAAGAAACCAGUAUUGUUACUAAAUUGCUGGUUCCUUUUUUGAGUUCUUUCUUACAGCAGAGCAGCAUUAUAUUUUUAGAUUAACCACUAGUCAAUGUUUAUGCCUUCUGUCUCUGUGGUAACCCUAUAACUUACACUGGGUUGGUAACUUGUUACAAAGCUAUAUAUAGUUGUCUAGCUUCAAACACCCAAAUAAACUGGCAAAAACUGAAA